AACACGAACACACCACCGACCUGCGUAUCAGGGACCAUGCUAUCUGAGAAUUCAUGAGCGUCAAUGUCGAUAUGCGUCCGAGCUCUACGUGUCUGAUGAAGUAUAGAUGUCCAUCGGCAAGGUGUCAGACAAGACAGAUGUCCUUCUCCCACACUCAAACCACACCCACACGCACAUCGUUGGGAACAUUUUUGUUGGCAUGCCAUGUGAGGCACCACUCGUCCAUCCAAGUUGCCAGCCCCCACAGUGAUGGCCAGUGCAUACAUUCAUCAUGCCUUUGCCUCAUUGUAAAAGGCGUGCGUCCACGCACAGAGAGACUUGGCGGCCUUGGACUGCCUGCCGACAUUGUCAGGGGUGUAGUCGGCAUUGUCAAUGCACUUCUGCAGCUUGUCCAGCACCGCCGUCGAUACGUUGUCACUGCUCACGCCCUUCAAUCGAUCCAAAAACGAUGGCUGACACAGACAAGGAGACAGGGACAGACACACAGACAGAGACAUCGACAGACAUUGUGAGAUAGAUAAGCGAUGCGCCGUCUGCAAGGCAUACGUCAGAAAGCACUUUCUGGACCACGUGCCAGUCGGUUCCUUCCCCGAGGAUGGUGUUCACAGCCUCCAUAGUCAUCCUGCAUGUGCAAUGCGCCAAGGGAAGUGGGAGACAAAAGGAAGACCUUUUGUGUCUUUCGAUUACUUGACGAGUGGAGGCGGGACGGGGAGACUCUUAAGUUCUGUCACUUGACUCUGAACGUGGGCGCAGAGUAGAUGCAGAGGCUGCCCGCAGCGGCUGUCCUUCACCCACCUUGUCAACGCGAGCAAGGGCGGCUGAUGCUGAAGGAAGCAGAAGCAAACGUGGAAAAGGAAACAGAAGCGAGAGGAGGAAACGGCACCGUGCAGCUGUGUGCUUACCCAUGGUGCGAUGGGAAGCUGGGAGCCUUCCGGAAGACUGCUUCCGGAAGACUGG